AUGUGUGUUGCUGCGGAUCUACAUCAUGUGAAGAUUACAGGAACUGCUCAUGGAUUGGAUGCCGUGUUUUACAUAUUUCAGCUUAUGAGGGCUGUUCUUUUGUCAACCGUGAUUGUGUUGAUUGGUGCAGGAUGGUUUUUCUGGAAGCCAUUUUUGAAACGAGAGGAAAAACUGGUUUUGAUGAUUGUGAUCGUGCUUGAGGUUUGGGCUAAUGCAGAUCCAAUAUUGCCAUGGGAAGCUGCUGUACCUUAUAAUAAAGAAAACGGGUCACUGGCAGAUGUCAUCUACUGCUUUGCUAUUUACUUCUCCAUAGCGUUGUCGAGUAUCUUGUUGGAUGAGAUUCGUGAGACUGAUUUGAAUGGUGAUCGGAAUUCGAAUAAGUUGUGGUUAUUUAUGAUGUUGACUAUUGUGUAUGUGCUCAUUACGAAGCUUUUUCUUCUUGCAUUGUCUACACGGUGGGAGGUUUAUGUGGUAAAGGAGACCACCAUUCUUGUGUUCUGUAUGUCGAUUCUUUACAUUUUCAGGCCAGUUGAUAGGGCGAGAAUCACAAAUGCUGUGGAGACUACUGGGCUUUCAACUUCCAAUUCGAUUUCUUGUUUUUAUACUCCUGUCUAG